GCUGUUCCCUUCGCUUUCUCUUCUCCCCCGAGGUCGACCGACGCGGCUAAGCAACCGAGUUCAUGGCAGCUAUAAAGGCAGACGCUCGGCAAAGCACUCUUCCUAAAACUACCCACUCCCUUCAUCUCCUUUGCAGCAAAGCCUCUUUAACUCGUCCUCCUCUACUGUUCUCGAUCGCUUCAGGAAGACACACCUGUAAUCCCAUCAUGAGCUACCAGCAGGGCUACCCGCAGCAGGGCGCCAGCGCCACGGCCUACCCUCAGCAGCAGCAGGCCUACGUAGCGCCGCCGCCGGCCGGCUACCCGCAGCGGGACCAGCAGUAUCCUGACGCCGGCGCCGCCGACACCACCACGAGCCGCGGCGGACACGGACACCACCACGGCGGCGGCUUCUGGAGAGGCUGCUGCGCCGCGCUGUGCUGCUGCUGCCUCCUCGACGCCUGCUUCUGAUCAAGUCGAUUUUAUCCGCCGUGCUCAGUUACGACACGUGGUCUGACGAGUGCUGCUGCUGUUCAUCACGGUUGAUGUGGAGUCCGGACGUCAUGUACAGUAGUUGUUUGUUUUCCUUUUUCGCUUGGUUGGUUACACGUUUGUGAGUAGUACUAUUUGUUGGUUGCGCAGCACCAUUUCUGUGUAGUACUCCAUAUCAUGGUGAUGUUGCUCGAUCUCUUGUACAUUGAUUAUGUCUAUAUAUAAACAUGGUUCGUAGUAUCA